ACUCAACAUCGCUUCGGGUUCGCGAUUACAGGAAGUCAUGCUUCAGUUUUUCUCCACGAAAACAUUUUCUGUUAAAUAAUAAGUGGUUGCAGCAUUACAGUAUGGUUGUUUUUGUAUUACAAACGGUUGUUAUGUGCUCAGUGAGCUGGUUAUUCAUAUCGCGGGGUUCCAGGAUGUUGAUGUAGAGCGAGAGAUCUCCUGCGUUUAUCAUCUCUUGCGAGAGUCUUGGGCAAACAUGGCGGCGGUGACACCAGUGCGGUGUUCUCUGAGAAUACUGAGACGUCUGCCUCGGGUUGUAUCCCAUCGCCUCCAGCAGUGUCCCAGGCUCCAGGCUCUUGGACCGACCCCUGUAUUUCACAUCUCCACACCCCUCACUUCAGUCCACUGGAGGGGCUUCAGAUGCAGCCAUGUGGCCUCUGGACAGGUGCUGCCGUUCAAACUCUCAGACAUUGGAGAGGGCAUAAUGGAAGUGACCGUAAAAGAGUGGUAUGUCAAAGAAGGGGACAGAGUCUCACAGUUUGACAGCAUUUGUGAAGUCCAGAGCGACAAAGCAUCUGUCACCAUCACGAGCCGUUAUGACGGCAUCAUCCGUAAACUGUAUUAUGACGUAGAUGCUAUCGCACAUGUUGGUUCACCUCUUGUGGACAUCGAAACGGACAAAGCGCUGGAGGGCGCCCCAGAGGAAGAUGUGGUAGAGACUCCAGCAAUAUCCCAUGAGCAAUCACAUCAGGAAAUCAAGGGCCAAAAAACCCAGGCGACACCAGCGGUGCGCCGUCUGGCCAUGGAGAACAAUAUUAAACUAAGUGAGGUGGUCGGGACAGGAAAAGACGGCCGUAUUUUGAAAGAAGACAUUAUCAAUUUCUUAGCCAAGCAGACAGGAGCUAUCCUCCCGUAUGAAGUCCAGAAAACCCCAUCACCCACUGCAGAUACCCCACCCAAAGAAAAGACGCCCAUCAUGGCUCCUCCGGCGAUCCCGAGACCCGUCUUCACCUGGAAAGACAGGACAGAGCCUCUGAACGUUUUGUCUUAUAGCUUGUAUUUUUACUGUUUUGUUCAGGCCACGUCACUCGGGCUCUUGCAGUUUCCUGCUCUCAAUGCCUUUGUGGAUGAAGGCUGCCAGAACGUCACAUUCAAGGCGUCUCAUAACAUCGGCUUGGCGAUGGACACUCCUCAGGGCCUCCUGGUGCCCAAUGUGAAGAGCGUUCAGGCCCUCAGUGUUUUUGACAUUGCUGUGGAGCUCAACCGUCUGCAGGCUCUGGGUUCAGCCGGACAGCUGGGCACCGCUGACCUCACUGGAGGAACUUUCACACUCUCCAACAUCGGCUCGAUUGGAGGGACGUAUGCCAAGCCGGUGAUUCUGCCUCCGGAGGUGGCCAUUGGAGCUUUGGGAAAGAUCCAGGUGCUGCCCAGGUUUAACUCCUGUGAUGAGGUAGUGAAGGUGUACAUCAUGAACGUCAGCUGGUCUGCCGAUCAUCGCGUCAUUGACGGUGCCACCAUGUCCCGCUUCUCCAACCUGUGGCGCUCUUACCUGGAGAACCCAGCUUCCAUGGUCCUGGAGCUCAAAUGAACACGGCUCUGGAAAUCAGAUCUCGCUGUCUGUUACUUCCUGGAGUGUCUUUAGGUUACUCGUAGCUACAAAACAGUGUCAUGUCUAUCAUGUGAACACUCACGUUUCUGCUUUCACAUUCAUUUGUGAGGAAAAACAACUUUAAGUUCUUUCUCUUGUUCCCUUAAUUCAGAUUAUAGACUGUUACUGUAACUUGACAUCGCAUGUUAACUCAUCGUAUGUUAUUGAAAAUGCUUUUAAGGAGCAGGCGCUGCGCAUUUCCAUUUUUUGCCUUGCUGUGCAUCAUGCAUGGUCUGAAAUCACCUGUAGGUUUUCUGAUGCCUUAUUUAUUGAGGACGGAGGCUGACACUGACUGGCUCGUGGACACAUCUGCACUGUAGCGUCUCAUUGUCUGCUGACUUUCUCUGAGACUUCAUUCACACAAGCCUCUGUUGAGCUGACAGACAGCCACUUCAUCUAAAACCACUUGUGUGCCAAUGUGUCUGGAUGUCAUUGUGAAGAAAGGACCAUAUAACUGUCAAAAGAACAAAUGGACCACACAUGUAUAGAUAACUAAAAUGUGAGGAGAAUAAAGGUUUUAUGGCAAGCUG